CGGCUCGCUGGUUUAGGAAACCGGUUUUGACCUGAUUGGAUGCUUGCGAGGAUAGUAAUACAUUAUUCACCCGUCUCGGCGAUAAACGAGUUGUCUUAAUCUUCUCUCGUUUUUCCAAUGGAACAGCGAAACAAGCCACGCGGAAUUCUUGAGCGUCUCGACGCUGGUGAAGUAGUAGUYGGUGAUGGCGGGUUUGUGUUUGCUUUGGAGAAAAGAGGUUAYGUCAAAGCUGGUGUAUUCACUCCUGAAGUUGUAGUUGAAUUUCCCGAGGCUGUUCGACAGCUUCACAUCGAGUUUCUUCGCGCCGGUGCUGACGUCAUGCAGGCAUAUAAUUAUUACGCGUCAGAAGACAAGUUAAUAAACCGAGGCAACGAAGCAAUUAGAAUCGGGUUGAAGGAAAUCAACGAAUCAGCGUGCACGCUAGCACGUGAUGUAGCCAACCAGGGUGAUGCACUUGUUGCGGGAGGUCUAACCCAAACUCCCUCGUACAUGGAUGGACGAGGGAAGGAAGCUGUUCAACGUGAAUUUCAAAAACAAGUUGACAUUCUUGUGGAAAAUGGUGUUGAUUUCCUUAUUGGUGAGACAUUUGUUCACGUGGAAGAAGCCGUGUGGGCAACUGAGGUGUGCAAGAAAUCCGGUCUUCCAGUGGCAAUGUGCAUGGGAAUGACUGAAAAAGGAGACUUGGAUGGUGUACUGCCAGGAGAUUGUGCAGUGCGACUUGCAAGAGCAGACGCUGACAUUAUCGGUGUUAACUGCAACGCGGGCCCGUUUCGUCUCAUAAAUACAAUAAGAAUGAUGAAAGAAGGAAUGGAAAAGGCUGGAAUCAAGAAACACCUUAUGAUCCAACCAUUGGGGUACUUAACGCCUGAUGUUGACAAACCAGGUUUUACUGGUCUUGUAGAGUUUCCAUACGCUCUGGAGCCUCGAACACUGACUCGCUUCGACGUCCAUAAGUACGCCCGCGAAGCUUACAACCUUGGUGUGCGGUAUAUUGGUGGCUGYUGUGGAUUUGAAGCCUAUCRCAUCCGGGCAAUUUCUCAAGAGCUAAGCAAAGAACGCGGUAAGCWGCCUCUYUCCAGUACCAAAGACGARAUGUGGGGGGCRAAUCUACGUYAGCAUACAAAACCUUGGGUGAGAGCCAGGUCAAGCCGCUCUUACUGGGAGAACCUACAUCCGGCCAGCGGCCGACCAUAUAGUUCUGGAUUGUCKGAACCUGCAACUGGAUGGAAUUUCACCCCAGGUCAAGAAGACAUGAAACAAUACAACGAAAUGACAAWAAAUGAAGAACUCGAGAAAAAUAUGRAAAAAGCAGCAGGGAAUAUCUAGUUUUAAAAUUUAUUUCAUGAAAUGGUAAAUCAAAGCAAAAUUAGAUUCAAUGUUCUAUGAAAUGAGCAGUACUAUUUGUUUURUUUUGUCAUUAAAUAUUUURUAUAUUUUA